CUAACCACCAUUCUAUCAUUGAAAUAUCUGGCACCGAUUGCCCAAAACAACGAAUCCAAAACCAGAAACACACGAGCGAACGAGCAAGAUGUCCCCCCGUUCCACCCUGAAACUCGCGAGCAUCCUGCUCCUGGCCCUGUCGUCCUCGUGCGCCGGGGUCCGGUCCGGCGCCCCGUACCGGGCCGAGAGGUCCCAGCGCCGGGGGCUGAACAAGCGGACCCGGGGCAUCGGCGGUGUCUCGGGCCGGGCGGAGUACGGCUCCAAGUCCAAGUCGGGGGGCAAGUCCGGCAGCAAGUCCGGCAGCAAGGCCGGAAAGGCGGGCGCGAGCGCCAGCGCUAGCACCGGAAGCAGCAGCAGCAGCCCCAAUACGGGCGGUGAUGCCGUGCCCGCGUCGAUAUCCCCACCCACGGCGGCCCCCGGUGCCUCCGAACCCGAGGCCAGGGCCCCCACGCCCGUCUACCGCCCGGUGCCGGCGCCGACCGAGAGGCGGCCCUCCUUCUGGUACCCCGGCUCCGAUCGCGAGCCCACCGAGGGACGGAUCGACCCGUCGGGGGGCAAACUCCCCAACCAGAACGAGGUCGUCGCCGUCGUCGACGAGGAAGACGGAGGUUCCCCUUUCGGACCCGGGAGUGGCGAAGGGAAACAGGACGGCAGCCCGUCGGAUGCCUUUCAGGACCUCUUCGACCUGGUGACCGGGGACGGCGGCGGAAGCGGCACGUCCAUCGGUACCGAGACCGGGGACGACCAGGCGCAGGGAGGCGGUCCUUCCGGCGGAUCCGGAAACGACACGGAUGGCUCGCCCGGCGACAAUAGCGAUGGCCGAGACCCUUCCACCGGAGGCAACGACAGCCGGGGAAGCGGGCUCGACGGAGACCAGGCAGGGGACUCCUCCCAGGGAACGCAAACCGGAAUUUCGACAGGAGUCUCGACAGGAGGUUCCAAAGAAGACUCCAAAGAAAGUUCGACGGGAAGUUCGACUGGAGACUCUACAGGAAGCUCUACGGGAGGUUCCACUGAAGUCUCCACAGGAAGUUCCACCGGAGGUGCUACAGGAGGUUCCACUGAAGGCUCCACUGAAGGCUCCAAUGAAGGCCCUACAGGAGGUUCCACGGGUGGUUCCACUGAAGGCUCCAAUGAAGGUCCUACGGGAGGUUCCACGGGUGGUUCCACGGGUGGUUCCACGGGUGAUUCCACGGGUGGUUCCACUGAAGGCUCCAAUGAAGGCUCCAAUGAAGGUCCUACGGGAGGCUCCACUGAAGGCUCCACUGAAGGCUCCACUGGAGGUUCCACAGGACGACCACAAGGCGAAAAUUCGACCGAAGGAUCAUCAAAUUCCAGUUCUUCUGAUGGAAGCAAUCAGCACGGAGAUGAAGGAAAGAGAAAGCCUAGUGAACAAGACGGAAACGACGUGGUUCAGGACAAUCAAAGCGAUUCAUCCCAACAAACAGGAAGCAACAAGAGCAAUGAUGAAAAUGAAGCAAACAAUGAUAGUCAGACUACGGGAUCCAGCAGUAUUGAAAACAACGGAAGCACGGAAAAUCAAACUGGCGGAGAACAAGUCAUUUUUAACUCGGACAACAUUUUCGAUAAAGAAGUCUUGGAAAAAACUGAUUCUGCAACGGCUGGUACGUUUAUGCAAUCACCAGAGUGCUACACAUGUUCGUCUGCACAACUAUUUGAUUUUGCACUACGAUCGACGUCAUUAUUGAUCACUGACAAUUGCCUUUUGGAAUCAUUUUUAUCUUCACAGCAUUUUGUCCUGAUGUUUCGCCGGAUAGAGAAGUCCUUGUAAAUUGGCUCUACGCUGUAGAAUUCAUUCCUAACCUGACGGAAGAACAAAAGGAACAAGCUGUCACCAUCAUGGAGUUAAAGCUUGUUUCCGAAGUGCUAAAAUGUAAUACGGCUGUGUCCGUCCUCCCUGGGAAGCGAGCGGUUCGCCAGAGAAAUCUCGUCGAAGAGAGGGUCGAAAACAACGGAAUUGCUGGUCUCAAUUACAUGCCAUUGGAUGCAAAAAACGAAGACAUCGUCUGCUUUUCAAACUCCACAGCCGCUGGAGUUUGUGAAACCUAUUUUGGUAGAAUGGAAAUGUAUUUGGAAGAAGAUGCAGUUGUACAAGUUGCUAUCAACGAAAUCUUGCAUUCCAUCCGUGAUACCAUGGAGAGAAAAAAUGAAUUCCCCGCGGUAGAGGGAAUUGUUCAAGUUUGGUACUUGGAACCAGACCUAAGUGGCGUUUCCAAGAUAUCUGGCGCUGAUGAUACAAUUGGCGACCAGAAGCCUCCAAUUGAUGGAUCGUUUUCGACGGGAACUUUGAUCGCUUUUGCCGCACUAGGUGUCUUUGUUUUUGCCGCGCUGAUCAUGGGAGCAUUCAGAAUGCGCAGAAAUAAUCACGACGGUAUUUCUACGCUUGAACCUGGUUCAUCUUUGGGCUGUUCCGCCUUCACCACCGGAAACGACUCGUAUGUAAAACAAAGCAACAAUUUUACUACUAUGCUACCAAACUCGUACAACUUGGACGAUGGAGAUAAUAUGAGCGCCAUUCCGGAAGGAGAUAGUAGCGAUGCCGAUAGCAGAUACGAGUGCUCUGUGAUUGUAUCCGAUGGUGGCUAUACUUCCGACGGAGACUCACGUGCAGGUGAUGCUUUGCAUCCUUCACACUUUGACACGGUCCUUGGAGCUCCCCAUGGCGACGAGGACAACCUCGAUACGGACAGAGAUCUGCUCUUUGAAAAUGAUGAGAACUAUGAAGACAUUUCUUCCAUGGGAAAUCGCGACUUCUCGAAUCAUCGAAAACAUAACCUCGUGUCUGCGGAUGAUGUAGGACUGGGGAUGAGACAUUCAACUGUCGAUGUUCACCAAUGCACCAGCGCCAAUUGCAAGAUCUGCAACUACAAACCAAGAGACGUGGACUUCAUUCACAACUCACCUCAUACGCCGGAUGUUUCACUUGGAAACUUUUUCAACGAGCAACCACCAAGCCCUCCCGAAACUCCUGAUGAGGUAGAACUAUAGCUUUCUUCGGUACAAAACGAAUUUUUGUAGCGCAUCGUCAACAGCGCUUCUCUAGUGACCAGCAUUAUGA